AUGAGUGUAAUUAAUUUUGUAUCAAACCCUUUUGUUAUAAAAAUAGAAAAAAUUGAACCUGAGGAAAACAGGGAAAAUGGGCCAAAGGAACUCCCGGAAGAGUACCCUAUUGAUCUUGAAGAGAUAAAAGUCGAAGGAAAUCAAAAUACGACGACUUCUGACGAUGUAAAUCAUGAUUAUCAUCCUGAAGACGACAAUUCCGAGAAAAUAUUUGUCGUUGACGGAAUAGUCUGUGAAAAAAACCCUGAAAACGAUUUUUCCGGUAAGAAAAAAGACCCAAUGUCCAAAUGUGAGAUCUGUAACAAAGAAUACUCGAAAUACUACAUGAAAGAGCACCACAGAAGGCACACGGGAGAAAAGCGGCACAAGUGCGAAAAGUGUCCCGCUAAAUUCGUCCGUAAAAGCAACCUCACAAAGCACAUGCUCACUCACACGGGAAAAAAGCCCUACCAGUGUAGCAUCUGCUUGUCGAAUUUCCGCGGAAAAGCCACCUUGAACAGACACACGAUGAUCCACACUGGGGAAAAACCUUGGCAGUGUCGGCUUUGUCCGAUGAAAUUCCGCGAUAAGAGCACGAUGGUCGGCCAUGAGGCGCUUCAUACCGCCGAUUAUGAUUACAAGCCCUUUCAGUGCAAUUUUUGCCCCCUUAAAUUCCGGUUUAGGAGCAGUCUUAACCAACACAGGUACAUCCAUGCCCCGGAAAAACCGUUUCAAUGUCACGAUUGUGGAAAUAAGUAUUAUUCGAAGAAGAGUUUAAGAGCUCACCUUAAAGCUCACCCUUAGAAAAAUUAU